AUGGCUGCAAGAAUGAAUGAUGAUGCUAUUGCUGAGGCAUUGACGAUGUUGGCUGGCGUUAUUAGGCAGGUUCCGAAUGCAAAUGUUGGUAAUAUAAAGAAGGAUGAGGAUGCGCAAAAGGUGCAGUUUGGUACUUAUAUGAUUGAGAAGGAAGUUGAAGAUUGGUGGGGUAACACUGUUCAGAGGUGUGAAAAGCCGAAGAAGGAUCAAGGUAAAGGGAAAGUGUUUGCUCUAUCUGGUUCGGAGACUGCUGCUGAGGAUAGACUUAUCCAAGUGACUACUUCAUUUAUUUGUUUGAAUUGUCAACUGAGUAUUUUUAGUAGAGAUUUUGAUAUUGAUCAAGUAGGUCUUCCGUUAGAUAAACCUGAUGUUAAUCUUGGGAUGAACUGGUUGGAGUAUAAUCAUGUUUAUAUCAACUCUUUUGAUAAGACAGUUAUCUUUCCUGAAAUUGGUGUUGAGGAAGAUUUGUUUUUGUCUGCCAAGCAAGUGAACGAGUAUGUGCAAGGCGGUGUUGUGUUGUUUAUGUUGUUGGCAACUUUGGCUAUCUGUGAGAAACGAAUGAUUGGUGAUUUGCUAAUAGUUCGUGAUUUUCCUGAGUUGGAUCAGUUGGUUGGUGCAUGUGUGCUCAGUAAGAUUGAUUUGAGGUAUGGGUUUCAUCCGAUUCGUGUGAAGGAUGAAGAUAUUCAGAAGACUACUUUUAGGAUGAAGUAUGGUUACUAUGAGUAUUAUGUGACGUUGUUCAAUGUGACAAAUGCACAUGGUGUAGUGUUGGAAUACAUGAAUAGGAUUUUUCAUCAGUAUUUGGACAAGUUUGUUGUUGUGUUAAUUGAUGAUAUUUUGAUUUAUUCCAAAAGUGAAGAGGAACAUGGAGUGAAUUUUCUUAGUCAUGUGAUAUCGAGUGAUGGAAUUGUUGUUGAUCCGUUUAAGAUUGAGGUUGUAUCUCAAUGGGAAUCUGUGAAAUCUGUUACUGAGAUUAGAAGUUUUCUUGGUUUAGUAGGUUAUUAUCAAAAGUUCAUUGAAGGAUUUUCUAAGUUAUCUUUGUCGUUGACGCAGUUGACUAGGAAGAGUCAAGCUUUUAUUUGGACUUCACAGUGUGAAGCUGGUUUUCAAGAGCUUAAGAGAAGGAGGUGUGUUGAUGCAAAAUCAAUAAGUGGUAGCUUAUGCUUCAAGACAACUUAA